CCGUGACUGACGCGUCGUGCUCGCGCCAUCGCGAAACAUACAUACUCGGACUCCGGAGUUGUACGGCGCCGACUACAUUUCUCCCUCUGACAUGUCGAGCUUCGUGGCUUGUCUAUCCUUCGAGGAUCCAAUCAUAGGGCACUGCAUGCGCGGCGCGCACAUGGAUCACGAACUGGCCUGCCUGUCCGCCGCUGACGCCAAUGCGAGGCUGACAGUCAGUAGGAAACCGUCAGCCUCAGGUCAGCCCCCUCAAGUAUAUUAAAUAGCGGUUCGAUCGCUCGUGAAUCUCCUAUAUCGAAUCAUCAUCAUCGCAGCUCCCAAGCAUCUCACGCAUUAUUACUACCAACCUCAAUUUACAACCAUGGACUCGGAACACAUGGGCGCUGUGAAGCCUUCGGACGACAUUGUGCUUCUCGUCUCCCUCUGGGUCUUCUUCAGCGUCGGCCUGGUCGUCAACACCUUGAUUCCGGGUGUCUUUAAAUACAUCUGCGUCGACCUCAGUCUCGUCGCAUGGAUCGCCCGUGCCGAAGCUGUCUACCUGUUCUACUCGAUCUUCAGCACGACCAAGCGCGCCAUGACCCAGGAGUCGGUACCGUACGUCCCUCCAAGGACCGUGUAUACGAAGGACGGGGUGGACUACGAAAUUGAAGGCAACGACUACGACGAGGAGCUCGCUCGUGCUCUGUUUGGCGAGGGGUGUCUGGCGGUGAAUCGGGCCCGGAGAGCUAGACAAGAGAGCCUCAAGCGCCGCUUCGUCCAGGGCCUCGAGGACGACUGCACCGAGUGCAAGACCUGGUUCGAGGAGCUCACGACGCCGCAUGAGAUCAGCGCCAAUGUCCGCCGCCGCCGUUUCGAGCCUGCCGUCACGCAGCUGCGCUGCUACACUGCUAUGGGCGAGGGUGACCGUUCUCGUCCUCGUCGCGGAUUCUACUAGUAUCAAAGCAAAUUGACGACACGGUGAGCAAUCCUGCGGAAUAUCCGUAGUUCAUUCAAGACUGAUGCGCCGAUAUUGAUUGAAAGCGUCCGGGCCCAGUGGGGUU